UAUACAUAAUCAAGCCCUCUGGAAUGUUUGAGUCGCUCCACUCCGGAAUGGGAAGGACCCCCUUUUUCCUCUUCACCGACCCAGCCCACUACUUCACGCUGCUUCCCCUAAAGCGAGUCUGACCGUCCAGCUGAACGGAGCGUUAGACUGUAACGCGCCACUCGACGUUUUUCGCAACUCGAUGGAAGAGGAGAUUCCAUCAGAUUGUGACGCACACGGAACAUCAGAGCCAGACCCCAGCAUGGAAAGGAUGUCCAUGACCGACUCAGUCCUGGAGGGAAUGAACAUGCUGGACGAUGUUCUUGAACAAGCAUCCUCCCCAGACAUGGACCAGUACAAGGAACCGGAGCAAGAGACGGUGUACGAAGUAGAACGUGAGGAGAGCGAGGUACCGUCUGAGUCCAAAAGGGAGACUGUCUAUGAAGUGGAACCAGAGCCAGCUUCAAUCAGACUAUCGGAGCCAAAACCGAGCCAACAGGCUGGUGAAUCUGUGCCAGUUUCAGACCCAGGGGCGGAUUUGGACCCAGUAGAAACAUCUCCAGUGCGGGAGAGCCCCUCUGUGCCAGAUUCAGUCUUGGAAGAGCCAUCAACACAAGAACUGGGCGUCCCAGAAGGACCUGUGCCAGUUAUGGACACUCAAGACGUCUCAUUGCCAAGUGGAGAUGCUCUGUUGGCGGACCUUGAGUCCACCACUUCUCACAUUUCAAAGCGGCCAGUGUUCCUGCCUGACGAGACGCCCUACUCCUUCCCCACCGGGGGAAACGCCUACCCCGAGGUCUCAGCCACACCUCCGGUGCCGCCUCAUCCCACCGCCGAGGCGUUGAACGGCACCGUGCUAGACCCUCCUGACUCACACCGCUCCUCCACACAGUCGAUCGGGUCAGCCCAGAAAAGCACCUGGUCCAGAGACAGCAGCAGUCCCCCUCUUUCUCACGGCGAGGAGGAUCACGUAUAUAGUUUUCCCAAUAAGCAGAAGACUACUGACUCUGCAGCCGCAGGCAUGAGCUCAUCUCUGGGCAGUAACCUGUCGGAGCUGGAUCGGCUUCUCUUGGAACUGAACGCCGUGCAGCACAGCACACCCUCCUUCCCCGUCGAGGAAGAAGCACCCCCUGCCCUCCCCUCCAGCAGCGUCACCACACAGAAUGGCAUCUCGCCCCCUGGCAAAGCCCCCCCUCCUACUCUGGAGAAGCCCAAACGUAACGCAGCCGGCCGGGGAAUCGAGGAUGUGCGGCCCAGUGUGGAGAGCCUACUGGACCAGCUGGAGAGCUCAGUGCCAACCCCAGUCCCCGCCCCCUCAGUGGCCACAGUGGAGUUGAGUGACGGCCAGGAGGAAACGCCUUCCCAGCAACAGGCCCGAAUCUCUGCCUCCUCAGCCACACGAGAGCUCGAUGAGCUCAUGGCCUCGCUCUCCGACUUUAAAGUCCAAAGCAAUUCUGGUUCUCAGUGGUCUGUGAAUCUGGAACCUUUAUCCCCUCCAACCACUGAUCCCCCUGCAGAAUCACCUGCUCCUGAUACCUCAGUGUCAGGUCUGACCCUGCCUCCUGAGCCCUUUCUUGAAACAUCCCCUUCCUCCACACCGCUUGGCCUGGAGCUUCACAUUGAUGAGGAGAACCUGUCUGGGAGUAGUUCAAACAUCCCUAAGACCUCCUCUCAGAGUGUCCAGUUUUCCCAGUCCCGUACACUGGUCACUGCACUAGACAGGGGCUCAGACUCUGGCUCCCUCUCCAUGUUCAGCACCCACACUGAGUCCCUAGUGGUAGUGUCCACUACAACAGGGCCUUCCUCUGAGCUACCUAACACAGAUUCCUCAUUGCCCCUUGCUGCUACUGCUGCCAAGGCCCCCACUCCAAUGGACUCCAAUAUUGCCCCAAAAAACCCUAGUCCAGUUGUGAUUCCUAAGACCUUUAGUCCAGUUGUGGUCUCAAAAACCUCUAGUCCAGUUACGAUAUCAAGGACAUAUAGUCCACUUACUAUCCCAAAGACCUCUAGUCCAAUUACAGUACCUAGGACAUCUAGUCCACUUGCUAUUUGGAAGACAUCUAGCCCAAUAACACUUCCUAAGACAGCUAGUCCACUUACUAUCCCGAAUACAUCCAGUCCAAUUACAGUUCAUAAGGCCACUAGUCCACUUGCUAUCCCCAAGACAUCUAGUCCAGUUACAGUGCCAAAGGUAUCUUCGAAAAGUCCUGUUCCAGACGCAAAGAGCCCCACUCCACCUUCACUUGCAAAGAGCCCUACGCCCCAGUCUGGUGCCAAGAGCCCUAGUCCAAUUUCCAUUCCCAAGAGCCCAAGCCCUGUCCAUGUUGCUAAAUCCCCUAGUUCUCCAAUCAAUACCCUCAAAUGCUCCAGCCCUAUUAUGGUAGCAAAGAGUCUCUCUCCACCCAUGCUGAAAGAGACGAUCCAACUUGGAGGUACCUCUGAAGAACUAGGUAUAACCCUACCCUGUUCAGAACCCUUAUUGGAAGAAGUUCUAGACAAACUUCUGGCAACCAGUCUGACACAGCCUGAGAGAACCUGGCCAAUGAAACCUGUGACUCGGGAACCCGAAGAGGGGUCAAUAAGCCCGCGACAGGGUGAUGAUGGGGCAUCAGGUACAGAGGAGGACUAUAGAAGGUGGAUGGAAGAUGGACAUAGCACGCCUGGAGAAGGGAGCCUAACCCCUUUCACUGAGGGAAGCUGGAUGGAUGAAUGCAUGACCCCAAGUUCUGGCACUGGGACUCCGGAUGUUACUAUGGACCUUCCACUCUCCCAGCCAUCAGCCGUGGAGCGUCUUUCUGCGUCUGGUCAACUCAAGUCGGUGAUCAAGCGCACCAAGGAGACAACCAACGUGCACCCCAUGUACCGUGAGGGUAUGAUUCGUCGUAAGAUGGGACCCACCCUCUUCCACAAGAGCAACUCUCAGGACCGCCUCAUUGAGGAACUGCAGGGCAAGCUUGGGAUUGUACGCCCCGAACCACGGCGCCGCAAGCAGCCCGAUGACUGGCUGACAGAGGGAGUGAUUGUCAUGUCUAAUCCGCAACGCACACGUGAACGGGGAGAUGCGACUGUGGAUAAGAUCAUCAUUCCCCCCGAAUCUCCCGUCCCUCAGAGAAAGGUCCUUCCCCCUCCUCGUCCCCCUCCAGAGGAACGCCCAAAGCCUGUUAAAAAGACUCCACCUCCGCCCCCACCACCUCCUCCCCAGCCCCCUAGACAGCCCACUCCCCCACCCAAGGAACCAACCCCUCCACCUCGAGAACCGACUCCUCCGCCAAAAGAACCAACGCCCCCGCCGAAAGAACCUACUCCUCCACCCAGAGAACCCACGCCCCCUCCCAAAGACCCCACCCCACCACCCAGGGAACCAACACCCCCUCCCAAAAUUCCCACCCCACCACCUAAAGAGCCCACACCUCCUCCUCCCCGCGAACCCACACCUCCUCCCCCCCACGAACCCACACCUCCUCCUCCACGGGAACCCACACCUCCUCCUCCCCCUAAGGUCUUUGUGUCGGUCGGCUGCCAGACAGAGUACGACCCCCUCUUCCUGCCCAUAAACCAGAUUAUGGCCCAGGGCAAAGGGGGCUCCCCGACCAGCCCUCCCAAACAGGGGAACAAGCUGGACAACAUGCUGGGCAGUCUGCAGUCAGACCUCAACCGCCUGGGCGUGCAGACCGUGGCCAAGGGCGUGUGUGGAGCAUGCAAGAAACCUAUUGCUGGACAGGUGGUGACGGCCAUGGGGCGGACAUGGCACCCGGAGCAUUUUGUGUGCACCCACUGCCAGGAUGAGAUUGGCAGCCGGAAUUUCUUUGAGCGCGACGGGCAGCCCUACUGCGAGAAGGACUACCACAACCUCUUCUCCCCCCGCUGCCACUACUGCAAUGGGCCUAUACUGGAUAAAGUGGUCACUGCGCUGGACAGGACAUGGCAUCCUGAGCACUUCUUCUGUGCACAGUGUGGCGCAUUCUUUGGGCCAGAGGGCUUUCAUGAGAAGGACGGGAAGGCGUACUGUCGGAAGGACUACUUCGAUAUGUUCGCCCCCAAGUGUGGCGGCUGUGCCCGCGCCAUCCUGGAGAACUACAUCUCAGCCCUCAACAGCCUCUGGCACCCCGAGUGCUUUGUCUGCAGGGAGUGCUUCACGCCCUUCAUCAACGGGAGCUUCUUCGAGCAUGAGGGCCAGCCGUACUGCGAGGCCCACUACCACGAGCGGCGCGGCUCACUGUGCUCCGGCUGCCAGAAGCCCAUCACGGGCCGCUGCAUCACGGCAAUGGGCAAGAAGUUCCACCCCGAGCACUUUGUCUGCGCCUUCUGCCUCAAGCAGCUCAACAAGGGCACCUUCAAGGAGCAGAACGACAAACCCUACUGCCAGGGAUGCUUCAUUAAGCUCUUCAGCUAAGAGUGCGGCAGACCAGGCUUUGUGUGUGUGUGUGUGGUGGGUGAGCGGAUGUAUGUGUUGUGUGAUGUGUGCUGGACUGUGUUUGUGUGUCAUGAUUUUGAGGUUGAGUGGGAGAGAGGCUUUUUGUUGUGUGUGUGCUGGUGGCUAUUGUUCUUGAUCUUAAUCAGAUCUUGAGAUUUCUUUUUUUUUCUUCGAUGCAUUUGUGUGUGUGUGCUUGAGCAUUAUUUGCGAAUGGGUAAUUGUGGAGCGUGUGCGCGCGCGUGUGUGUGUGUGUGUGUGUGUGUGUGUGUAUGUUUUAUGAGGUUGCGGUGCCCGCAGCAGCAGAAAGUUUUCUAACAGGCGUGGAUAUAUCAGAGAGCCCAAAGAGAUUUUGUUUUUAAAUGUCAUUUUUACAGUCGUUUGAGUCGUGGGCGGCUCUGCCUCAGCCCACAAGCCCACUGAUGUGUAAAUGGCUGACUCGAGAAGAGAAGAUGCUUCAAACGAAACCAUGUCCCAGAUUGAAUUUCACUAACCACCAGCCACAUUUCCACGUGAACGAUUGGACCUUAACCUGCUUGAUUUAUAUAACGCCUUGAGGUGGACUGUAUACAAAACCUCUCCCUGACAAAACAGUGUUGGACAAAUCAAACCAGAUAUAUUUUUGUACUUGUGAAAAAGAGGAUUCGCAUACAUGUGCGCACACACACUGACUUAGCUAAUGUUACAAAGCCGCACACACACAGAGAGCUUAUCAUUUCAAAGGCACGUGCACAGUUCUUUGUGUAUAUCUCCCUUUCUCCCUCCCUCUCCCUUUCUCUCUCCCCCUCCCUUUCUCUCUUUCUCUUAAUCUGUUUGUCACCCAUCCCUUUGUUCUUCCCUUCUGUGGUGCGCUUUCAACACCCUUCUUUUCUCCACUUGUGCUUUCCUAAAUAUCUGUAAGGUGCAUUCUGUGACUUGGUUUCAACUUACCAGGCACAUAUUUUUCUACACUUUUCCUAUGGAAAUUUUUCAUACGCAAGAGAAGCUCAGCAAACGCAGACUUUGUGACGCAUUUAAUCAUGACCUAACAAUUUUUAAAAGACUUUCUAUAGCGUAUCACGUGAAAUGUUACAAUCCUAGGGUAGCUCACACACACACACACACACACACACAGAGGGACUACUGCUCCAGAUAUAAAAGUGCAUGUGGCAUCGAAUCUGCUCCACACUCUACACUCUCCUGGUGUUGGGAUCAGUUGCCGUGCUAUGUCUGAUCAUGUGUUGGUUUCACACACGCCUUAGUAGGCAGAUGAGGAAAUCAUUAAUGUGAACUUUUUUUCUCUUUUUUUUCUCUUGCUAAUUUCAUUUGAUCAUGUUUAAGUGUAACUGUCCUACUCGGGGUGUGGGAUUGUGGCUAAGGGGUUUAGUGUUGCAUGGUAAAACCCCUCCCUCACUCCAGGGGCUCUGGAAGCCCCUUUUAAUACAUGUGACCUCUGAACUUUGACCUUUUUGAUCACUUCUGCUUCCUGCUGCUCUUCAUACUUGCUCUGGUGUCACUUUAAAAAAAAAAAAAAAAAAAAAAAAAACUUUAUUCUUCAUUGAUAUUCAACACAGACCUAUUUCAUUAAGUAGAGAACCAGUCUGUUUGAGGUCUGCGAAGCCUCAAAUGUUGGCUCUCAAAUCAGAUAGAGCCAUGACAUGGCCUUGAUAGGCCUGUUACUAUGGAGACAACUUUGACAUCACUGUAGACCCUAAUCUUUUUGUGCCCUCUUGUCAGUCUCAUGCGGAACAGGUCACAAUACUGGAGCAAUGUUUUUAUUUUGUAUUACUUUGUUUUAUUUAAUUUUUGGUCUUUUCAUUUUAGCUACUGUAAUGUUGCCCAAUCAUGUUUAGAAGUCUUAACUCAAGAGUCAGAGUUUUGUUGGGCAGGAUUAAGUAUGAAAUGUCUUACAUGUACAGUAGCCACUGUAAUAAUUGUUUUGGUCUAUUUGUUUCAAUAAUGAGUCAAUAAUAAUAAUUUUAAUAAUAGAUUAGAUUUACUUCAGGGUGACGGUGCAUUUUGUUUUUGUUUUGUUUUUUUCUUUUGUGCACACUGACCGAUGACUCGCAUACUGUAACAAAAAUAGCAUUUGGGAUUCAUACAUGCCAUAGAGCCGUGACUGUGUCUCUGGAUUUGCUGCCAAUUGCUUUGACACUCCACUCCACACCACACAACACAGCUGCCAUUCAGUGACAGAUAUACUCUUGGAUGACGAGGCAGGAGAGUGACUCAGACACCGUAGUCCCCCACUGGAACUCUCAAACUAUGCCUAUGCAAAGAAAAGCUGUGGUCUCUGAGCGAGGUCAUGCAUUAAGAGAUGGGGAAGACCCAGAGAAUCUCACUUGGUCUCUUUCUCUCUCACACAUACGCACACAUACAGACACACACAUAUAUACAUAGACAGACAUGUGAGUUCUAUGUCACUGAGCCUCACCAUCAUAGUCUGUCCUUAUGACCUGUGCAACCUAUGAACUGGAUCGCUCGAAUUACAAAUAAGAGCGGAGCCUAGAGGACUUCCUGUGUCACUUUUUAAAAAGAAAUCAUUUCAGUUUUUAUCAUGUGCCGUUUUUUUAAUCCUGGCUUUGUAGACGCGAGAGACCAUGUUGCAUAUCGGAGUAAUUGUGAAACAUGUAUAAUCUCUACAAUAAAUGUUCAUUUACUGUUAAGUCAUACAGAUAGCUCCCAACUUGCUUCCUUGAGCAGGGCAAGAGCCAGAACAACAACAAAAAUAUUUAUUUACUAAAUAUUGAUUUAUUAAAUUGGUUUUAAUGAAUACAUAUUUAGUAAUCAUGAGAGGUAUAAGGUGAUUUAUUUUUGUUCUCUGUUUUUCUUUCUGGAUAUAAACAGAAACAAGAAAAGAAUGCUUGUGCCAAAAUGUCAAUGCAAUGUCUUUUACACUGUGUUGAGUUGAAAGGGGCGGUCACGCUUUGCGUUGUGAGCGGAUUGGUCCGGCCAUUAUGAUGUCACACGUGGAGCCUGGGUUCCCCAGUCAGUCAUCUUAUCAUUAUUCAUGUUCAAUUGUUUUUUUGUUUUUUUUCUAAACAAGUCACUGGAGGAGUAAUGUUGUGAGGUAUGUGAAUGAAUACACAAAGGAACAGCUCUAUAGGCAUCAGGAGAUGUGGACAGUUGCUGCCCUCUUCAUAAUGCUACUGGGAGUAGUGUUAUGCUUCCCAGAACUGAAACAGUGAACGUCUGGAAGGGAGAGUGUCACACAUUAAACCUGCUUAUCUUGUACUAGAUGACCACAGGUCUGGGGAAGCCGAUUUAGCUUGACCGUGACUGUGUACAUUUAGUUGGUUAUUGUAUGAGGCAGUACUUUUUCUGUUAGUAGCAGCUAUGGGUGGAUGGAGGGGCAGGCAGUCAGGUACAUGCGAGCCAAUGGAGCUGUGCCUUAGGGAGGAGGAACAGCGAUGAGGAGGGAGUGUUGGGGCUGACAUUAAUGUCCAGCUGUUUACACCAUUAUGUGAUCACGGGUUGAUUAUACUAUUUUCAGACUGUCGUGGGCCUUGCCUUGAAUCAUGCAUUUCUUUUUUUACCUCUGCUAACCUUGCUUUUUGAGGAAAUCACUGCCUUUGGUCCUUCCUCGUCAACCCUAUCCAAUAUCGUAUUAAUACAGCCAAAGGGAACCACCCCUUUUUACCUCUGUCGAAUCCAAUCUUUUCUGGUAUUGUUUUCAGUUCUAGGUGUUUUCUGAUAACUUCUGUAUAAAUCCUGAUUGAAUUUCUGUACAGGGUUUGUGACCCUGGAGAGCUUAUGCAUUUAAAAUUUCAUGUGAUCAAUGCCAAUAAAGAAAAUCUAUUCUCGA